AUGAAUCCACAGCAGUAUUUAUCACCUAUUGGAAGAUGGGAACAUCAAAAUAGAGUAAGUAAAUUCUUCCAUCCCACAAAACAGAACUUUGGAAUCAAUAGACGCGCUGAUGCAAAUACUCCAAUCGAAAUCAAUUUUGGACCCGUUCAUUUAAGAUGGCAGGACGGAUCUUGGACUAACUUAAACCUUCCUGAACAACCAGCAAAUCCAAAUCCAACACUUCCAGAAAUUUCUAAACUUCAACGUGAAAACGCACAAUUACAAGUUGAGUGCGAGAUUCUGCUUCAUAUGUUAACUGUUUCUGAAAUGAAGAAAGUUAAAUUUCAAAAUAGAUUAACUUCAUUAAAAAAUCAAAUUGCUUCAAUCUUAGAGCAAAUCGAAAAAGAAGAAGAAAAUAUUGAGUAG